AUGGAAAUCAGCGCUGGAUCGUUGUGCUGCUUGUCGUUUCUUUUGGCAGUUUCAGCAACCUCUGUAGAUGCUGUUGGACCAAGGAACACGGCAGCCUUGCGCGGUGGUGCAGCCAAUCUGACUUGCAGUAACCCUGCGUACACUUCACCAAGUUCUGGUGCUGCUCGGUGGGCUGAGGGUUUGACAACCUUCGGUACUCAGCAAGGAGGAAUUUACACGGGACCAGCCUUUGCUAAAUACACAAAUUUUGGCAUAGUGUCAGAUGAGUUCCCCCAGAUGGACCUCACAGUUAGCGAUGCUCAGGUGGAAGAUGAAGGAACGUACACAUGCACCAUGAUAACAAAACAAGGAUCAGCAACUUUGGCUGUUGAAAUUGAAGGUAAUGAACCUAUCAUCACACUUGACGGUGAUUCAUCAGGGAAUCCUAUUAAGCUGACGGCAGGAGAACAAAGUGUACUGAGAUGCACAGCGAGCGGCUUCAGACCAGCAGUCAAUCUCGAAUGGUACAAAGAUGAUGUCCAGAUCACAGCAGGUAUCACUGAGGAUACACCCAUUGCUAAUGGAUAUGCCUUCACUACAUCAGGCACUCUGACAUUCACUCCAACAAAACAAGAUGAUGGAGAUCGCCUAGAAUGCCGCACAACAGGACAGGUGGUGGCCACGGCAAAAACAGGAGGGCUCACUCUCAAUGUACAAUACGCACCAAUUGUCAACGUAGACUUCCGUGGUGGUCGGAUAACUUGCUUAUCCGACGCCAACCCACUGGCUGCAUCGAAGAUCAUCCUGAACGGCACUGACAUUCUGGUAUCAUUCAUUAUCAGCGGAGGAUCUGUGGAAUUCACGCCAGACUAUUGCAACUACAUCAGCUGUAAUUCUACAAACACAGUUGGAACAGGAACGGGAACGUUCGCCAAACCAAUAUGCCCAGCCUUAGAUGCUGUUGGACCAAGUGACACUGCAGUCUUACGCGGUGAUGACGCCACUCUGACUUGUAGAAACCCUGCGUACACUUCACCACGUUCUGGUGCUGCACAGUGGAGUGAGGGGCCAACACCCUUUGCUACUCAGCAAUUGGGAGGACCUUACACAGGGUCACACUUUGCUAAAUACACACAUUUUGGCAUAGUGUCAGUCGUGUUUCCCCAAAUGGAUCUUACAGUCAGCAACGCUCAGAUUGAAGAUGAAGGAACGUACACAUGCACCAUGAUAACAGAACAAGGAUCCGCAACAUUGACUGUUGAAAUUGAAGGUAAUGAACCUAUCAUCACACUUGAUGGUGAUUCUUCAGGGAAUCCUAUCGAACUGACAGCAGGAGAGCAAAGUGCACUGAAGUGCACAGCGAGCGGCUUCAGACCUGCAGUUAAUCUGGAAUGGUACAAGGAUGAUGUCAAGAUCACAGCGGGUGUUUUUGUGCAUCCAGUUGCUGAUAAUGGAGAUACCUUCAAUGCAUCCAGCACUUUGAUAUUCACUCCAAAAAUAAAAGAUGAUAAAGAUCGUCUAGAAUGCCGAACUACAGGACAGGUGGUCGCCACAACAAAAAUCGCAGUGCUCACUCUCAGUGUACAAUACGCACCAGUUGUCAAAGUUGCCUACAGUGGUGGUCGGAUAACUUGCUUAUCAGAUGCAAACCCACUGGCUGCAUCCCAUCAGAUCAUCCUGAACGGCACUAACAUUGUGGAGUCAUUCAACAACACCGGAGGAUCUGUGGAAUUCACGCCAGAGUAUUGCACCUACAUCAGCUGUAAUUCGACAAACGCAGUUGGAACACGAACGGGAACGUUUGCCAAACCAAUAUGCCCAGCAGGUACAUAA